AUGGACGGAGUUGACGAAGAUUUUGUUCGGAAGCGAGUCGAAGAGGGUAAUAGUCAUGCUGUCAUCAGUGAAGAAUUACAGACGAUGUUUCCAGGACUUCGGGGACUCAGCGAACGAUCUGUUCGACGUUUCUGUACAGACAGAGGCAUAAGUCGACGUUGUUCUCUGACUAAAGAGGAACUAGAACGCUGCGUGUCUGACGCCGUAAGCGAGAAACUGCAGAGAAGAUCUUCAGCUUUAGAGAUGUCCACAACUUUGAACGGCGAACAAAAGAAGACGUACGCUAGUGCCACGAAACUGGAAUUGAUGUCGUCAGAAGUCUCUGAAAAUAGCAGUGAUAACGAGCCACCCUCUGAGGGAGCCUACACUGCUGGACGUUCACAACUCCUGAUCCGACCUCUUCCGUGGAGAGCCAUUGAAGCAACGAAGGUGUUUGAGGUUUUGGACAGAAAGUACGCCAGAAGGUAGACUCAGAGAGGAACGGUACCAAGAGUAAACGGAGCUCCAUCUACCAGAACACGUCCGGGAAUGACAUUGUACCAGAGUGGGCUCUAGAAGACUUCUGCUAAUUACAAUACGUUUGAUUUUAAUACAUGUCAAAGAACAUGGAUAUAUAGAGCUAGAUCAUUCAAAUUUGCUGUUAACAUUGUUGUCCAUUGCCUAAGUUUGUUGAACUAGAGAA